GUUUACUGAGCUGUUCUCAGUCAUUCACACACACACGCAGAGCAGGAGAAGGACUCGCAGAAGAACAACAGACAACACCAGGACGUCAGGAUAAACAAGGAGAAGAUGACAAUCGGUAGAAACUCAAGGAAGACCUCAACCCGAAGCUCCAUCCGGGCCCCGAAGUUCCUGGACAAAUCCGGCGGCUUCUACGGUCGCCUCGAUGAACCCGAGAGCGCCACCGAUGGGGGUGAAAUGAGCGGCGACAAAGUGGAGAUGGAGGCCAAAGACACCGACUCGUCCUCAACCGCGGUACGCAACACGGCGGCAGAUGAAGACGUGGAGAGAUUUGCCGUGGUCGAGGACGACGGAGAGACUCUCCUGCGAAGGAAACCCAGCCGCCUCAGCAGCAGGUGGAGGAGAAGCUCCAGGAGGAAGCGGAGGGAUGAAAGAGUCGAGGAGGCCCAAGACGAGAGACCCGGCCUGGAUGCUCAGGAGGACAAGAUGAGGAUGGAGGCCGAGAAACUGAGAGCGACGGAGAAAGAAACAACGGAGGAGCCUGGCCUCCCUCACUUCCAAGUCCGGGAGUUUGCGGAUGACCGCGUCCUGAUCCGAGACAAGAAGAGGGGGAGAGAAGAGGAGGAGGACGAGGAAGAGGGAGAGGAGGAGAGGAAGAUGAAGAAGGAGCAAGAGGAAGGGAUGAAGAUGGUGAAGAGGACCACGGUGAAGGACUAUCGCAAGGCCUUUGAUCGAGCUCUUCGCCGCGGCUGGGGCGCCUUCAUCACCAACCUGUACAGCGUCACGCUCACGCCCGUCAAGUCUUCCUCGCCACCGUCCACCUCGCCUUCGCUGAAGAAGAAGACCCAGCACGCCUCUGUGUUGGCUGAGUUUCAGUAGAGCUGCAGGAGAAAGAAAAAAAAACACGGACUUUAAAAAAAAAAAUCUACGAUGGAGUCAGGGCUGGAGCAGCGAGCUUUUAUGCUGACUACAAGGCCUUAGAUUAGGCAAUAAUUAUUUAUGUUUGUUAUUAAGUCUUAAUUACUUGGUGGAGCCUUUCUGUUUCUAUUCAGUUUGCACCCAGACUGGUAUUUAUUUUACAGUCUGGAGGAGCCAAGCUGUGGAUUUUGCAUUGAAGUCUAACAUUUGUGAGUUCAGCUGCUCUCUUUUUUUUAAGAACAGCCUCAUUAUCAUAUAUCUAAUCCACUGUCAGGAGCAUGCAGUGCAGAUGAUCUCGUUACCUUGGGGUUGGCACGAUGAAACAAAUCAUGUGUUGAUGUGUAACCGCUUAAGGAAACCAAAGAUUUCACAAGCAGCGAUGACGGAUCAGUGGAGUUUUGUUUUUUGGAAAUGUCCGCACUUCUAUUUAUGGCCGUCUGGCAGCUACUCGGCAAUCAGCUGGCUGAGGUUAAGGAGCUCGGAAAAUACACCCAUGCCCGCACAUCCACUUUAAGCUUGAUUCUGACUCAUAUUACGUUGAAUAAAUCUGGAUAACAGUAUUUACAGAGAAAUAUUUGAAACACCUGCGUUCCAGCACGGAGAUACAUGAGGUACAGCUUUCUUCUGUUGUUCUGAUGACGGUCAUAGAAACCUGACGGGACGGUAUAUAAUAAUAAUAUAUCUUCUUUUUUUUUUCUUGCACAGAAAAAUUGAAAUGACUAGAUGUGUUUAUUUUGUGUAUUUAUUUUCAUAAAAAAAUAAAUUAGACAUCUAUUAUAAAAUACAUAUGCAUGUAUACAUACAUACAUAAUGUUUGUUUUACAUAAAUCAUUUUAUAUAUCAAUAUAUUUUUAAAUAUUUAAGAUUCCGCUUAACGUUUUGAGGCUAACACAAUCCUAGUGUCCUUUGACAUGUGUUUAAGGGCUGUUGACGAUUGAUUUUUGUAAAAAUAAAAUGUACAAUUACGAGCAAUAAAUUUGUAAGAACCUA